CUGCUCCAGUGUAGAAGUUGGCGCGGCGCGUGCGCUGCGUGUCGUCUGCCAGCUCUCUGGUCGCCCGCCUUGUCAUCAUGCCAGGUUGAAGCACAAACAGUUUAUUUUUUCUCGGGGGUUGCGCGCGGGAAUGGGGAUGUGCAACGGCAAGCUACGAAACCCGUAACGAUGGCAGUGGCAACUUUGGAAACAUUAUUUCUGCAGCUUCUAACGCAGCUGGAACGUUCGUCGCGAGCGGAACGUCGUUCGAUGCGAGAUGAGAUUCGAACCUUGGAGCUGUGGCGUGCGGUGAUCGGCGAGUGUUUGGCGACGUUUUUCUACGUGUUUCUGGUGUGUGGUGCCCACGUGUCGUGGCCUGGCUAUGCCGAGCCCUCGGAGCUGGUGAUUGCCCUGACCGCGGGCACGGCAGUGGCCACGCUGGUGCAGUGUUACGGUCACAUCUCGGGGGCCCACCUGAAUCCUGCUGUCACUCUGGCCAUGGUGGCGACGAGGAAAGUGAGUCCAUUGAGGGCGCUCCUUUACAUCACUGCGCAAUGUGGCGGUGCCAUCGCUGGAGCGGCCUUACUCUACGGCGUGACAGUGCCAGGUCACCAGAGCUCUCUGGGCAGCAGCCGACCUCACGAAGCUUUGGGCGCCUGGCAAGCGUUCGGCGUCGAGUUCGUGCUCACUUUCCUCCUCGUCUCGACCGUCUUUGCCUCCAGGGAUCCCAACAGGAAUCAUCUUGGAGGAGAAGGGCUUCCUAUUGGAUUCGCCUAUCUUUCCUGCACACUCACUGGUCUUCCAGCCAGUGGUGCCUCGAUGAAUCCGGCCCGUUCUUUGGGGCCUGCCUUUGUCAUGAACAAAUGGAUGAACCAUUGGGUCUACUGGUUCGGACCUGUGGCUGGAGGUCUUCUUGCCGGUCUUAUUUACGAGUUCAUCUUCGAUACCAAAAAAAGCACGAAGAUUCGUAAACGAGGUCUCGAAGACACCGAUAGAGAAUCGGCAGUGGACGAUGACUACGAGGACCCCGAGUCAAAGAUCACGAAGUACGCGAGCGUUCCUCAGGGUCCCAAUAACAGCACGUACCGGUCGCAGCAGCCACAGUACGACAGCACCAGUGGCUACCAUCGACCAGCUGGAGGCAACACGUAUUCGCCCACCCCGUCGACGGCCUUUCCAGCCUCUACGGAAUCCACGUACGGAGGAGCCAAUGCUAGCUACUCCACUCCCAUUUACGGUACCAGAUGUGGAAAUUCCGUCAGAACCUUGCCGAUGCGCUUGGACUAUGGACCGGGACCUGGGUCGACGAAAUUCUAAACUGUACAUCUGAUCCCACCAACGGGACGGGAUUUUUUUUUUUUUCGACACGGCCACGAAGCAGGCGGCCAAGCCCAGGAGCUCACCUUCGACAGCAACGGUUUUCGACGAAAUUUUGUCACGAAGGUGUACUUGUGCUUUUUGUAUCACGCGACACGGAGCAGUGUAACUUAAGCCCCCGUAUGUUACGGGGCAUUUAAUGGUGCUCUCUCGAAUAUGUUAAUAGUGGUGUGAGUAGCGGAGUGAAAACUGAAAAGUUUUCCACUCUUUUCUUGGUUUCGUACUUGUGUUGUUCACGCCGUUUUCUUUUCUUUUUUUUUUUUGUGUGUGUGUGUGACCUGCAAGAAGGCGUGAAAUACUUUCAAAUUUUGUUUAAAGAGUAUCUUAUAUUUUAUUAACGUUUUGGACUAGGAAAGUCGAGGCGUUUUCGCUAAAUUUGCGGCUUCAAUUUUGACAUAAAGAGGGUUAUAGGUAAAAAAAAAAAAAAAAGGCUGACCACUCCAAAAUAUAAUACGAAAUGUAUCGAUAUAUACUAUAAUAAGCAGGUAUGAAGGCUAGAGUAGGGAACAAGAAAAGUCAGUGACAUCAUUAUUGUUAUCAUAAUACCGGGCAUCAGCACGAGUAAUAUUUUGUGGAAAUUUCGGUAUUUUAUGUUUCGGUACAUACCGGGUAUUUAUGAAACGUAUAAAUGAGGCAACGGCGCGUAUUGCGCCGCCGAAUGACUGCCGCCGUAAAACUGAAAAAUGAAUUUUUUUUUCCAGCAAACGAUAAGUCAAAAUAAAUGUUUAAAACGCGCACAUUACGCCAAAAACAUUCUCACGAAUCUCACAUUAUCGUUCAUAUCCCACCAACUUGUCGAAACUGAAGGCCACAGUAUGGAUACUCAACAAGGGAGUUUUAGGAGAAUGUCACGAUAACGUUUCCGAAAACACGGAUGAUAAGCCAAUCGCCUGAAUUCCUUUGGAGUGGCUGACAUCACGUUGCUGAUAUCUGAAUGACUGAUACGGAGUCGGAAUCGUAUGGCGUUUACGAUUUCCUAAAACUCCCUAAUAUCGACUUCAUGGACGACUAUCGAACCUCGACACAUUUUCACGUACAAAUACUCGAUAUCUGAUUACAUAUCAGCUCUGUACAGUUUUAUUUUGUAAAUAGAAGAGAGAUUGACAGGAUUGAGUUAUCGCCCAUAGUUGUACAUUACAUUUUACGUGAUUUCAGUUGACGCGAUUUCUACGAAGGAGGAGAAUUUCCUGCAGCAAUAAAUCCACUGAUUGAGAGCAAAUGAUAAUUAUUGCACUCGCCCCGAGUGUAAAUGAGUGCAUGAAUCCAAUAUUUGCCCUGUCAGGCUCAUAUCAUGCAAUAAACAUGCGUGCAU